AUGUUUGAAAGCGUUCUCUCAGAAACUCAUCUUGUAAGACAUCUGUUAAUUCAUAUUGAUGAGAAACCUUAUGACAGCAAAAGACGUGAGAAAGCCUUCAGAAGUAAGACAACAUUCAUUAUAUAUCAGAGGGAAAUAAAGAUGGGAGAUAAAGCCAAAGAAUGUACAGAAUGUGGAAAAGGCUUUUCUCAUAAGGUAGAUCUCAAGACACAUCAGAAAAUUCACACUUGGGAGAAGCCCUAUGAAUGUGCUGAGUGUGGGAAAAACUUAUGUAACCUAGAUCUCUGCAAGCCCUGGACAAUUCAUACUGGAGAGAAACCCUAUGAAUGUACCAAAUGUAGAAAAGCUUUCCCCCUAAAAGCACCCCUCAUCAGGCAUCAGAAAAUUCAUACCGGAGAGAAACCCUGUGAAAGUAAUGAAUGUGGGAAAGCUUUCAGAUUGAAGCCAGAACUCAUCAGACAUCAGAAGGUUCAUUCUGAGGAGAAAGCCUUCUCCCAGAAAGGACACCUCAUUAAGCAUCAGUUAAUUCAUACUGGUGAAAAACCACAUGAUUGUAAAUAG